UCGAGACUUAGAGGAGCAGACUGCCAACUCGAUCGUGGUCAUGGAGUCCACAAGAAGGUCGUUCCUGGCUCUCUUUCUGUUGGUGGUGCUUGGAUCAUCCAUUGCCACAGUUGAGGAGGAGAACUCAGAGUUCUGGAGGUCACAGGCGAGGAAAACACUGCAGGCAGCACUAGACAGGAAGCUGAACACCAACGUUGCUAGGAACAUCCUGUUUUUCCUUGGAGAUGGUAUGGGACUCACAACCCUCACAGCAGCUCGUAUUCUCAAGGGACAGCUGGAGAACCAGCCAGGGGAGGAGACAGUGAUGACCAUGGACACCUUCCCCAAUGUGGGGCUGGCCAAGACCUACAGUGUGGACUUCCAGGUUGCAGACAGCGCAGCCACAGCCACAGCAUAUCUGUGUGGUGUGAAAACCAACCUGAACAUCGUUGGAGUGAAUGCGGCGGGUCGCAACGGAGUAUGCAGAACUCAGAAGGGCAACGAGGUGACGUCCAUCUUGAAGUGGGCCAAAGAUGCUGGCAAGUCUGUGGGCAUCGUAACAACCACGAGGGUGCAACACGCCACCCCAGCAGGCAGCUACGCCCACAGUGCCAGCAGGACGUGGUACUGUGAUGCCGAUAUGCCUGAGUCUGCCAAGAGGGACGGCUGCACGGAUAUCUCAUUCCAGCUCAUCAACAACACAGACAUUGAUGUGAUCAUUGGUGGCGGUAGAAAGUACAUGACACCUACUGGUACCAAGGACCCCGAGUACCCCACAGACUUCUUUUCAAAUGGUGAAAGAAAGGAUGGGCGUGACCUGAUAAAAGAGUGGCAGAACUUAAAAACUGGGAAGGUUGCCCACUACGUGUGGAAUAAAGCAGAUUUUGAUGCUGUUGACCCUGAAACCACUGACUACCUCAUGGCUCUGUUUGAACCUGGUGAUCUCCGCUACGAGGAGGAGAGGGACCCAAGCAUGGAUCCGUCCAUCGUCGAGACCACAGAAAAGGCCAUCCGCAUCCUACAGAAAAACCCUAAAGGCUUCUUCCUGUUAGUAGAGGGUGGGCGUAUUGACCAGGCUCACCAUGCUGGCCGGGCCUCCAUGGCCCUGCAUGAGGCAGUUGCUUUUGACCGCGCUAUCGCUAAGGGCCUUGAACUCACUGAAGAGCAUGAAACUCUCACUGUAGUGAUGGCUGACCACUCUCAGCCUCUUACCUUCAAUGGCUUCCCCUUUCGUGGGAACAGCAUUCUGGGUAAAUCUCCACUGUGGGCUGGUGACAUGUUGCCUUAUACCACGCUCAUGUACGGCAAUGGACCCGGGCACAAAAUUGUUAAUGGCACACGCCCUGACAUCCGCAAUGUUGACACCAAAUCUAAAGACUACAUCCAGCAGGCAGCUGUCCCCGUAGAUACAACAACCCACAGUGGAGAGGAUGUGGCAGUGCUGGCCCGUGGACCCAUGGCCCACCUCUUCCAGGGUGUCAAUGAGCAGAACUAUAUUGCCCAUGCCAUGGGCUACGCUGCCUGCGUGGGUGCUGACCUAAGGCACUGUGAGGGGCAGACUGCACCACCUUUGGUUCACACAACCCUGAAAUAUAACAAGAACGGGGCCGGAGCAGUUAGUGCCUCAGCAGCUUUGCUUGGUAGCCUCCUGAGCGGGCUGUUGGCCAUCACAAUCCUCAUGUAACAUCAUUUUCUUCGCUGAUCUGAUCUGCAGUCAGAGGUCAGCAUCAUAAAACAGUGCUAAUGGAUUCAGUGAUUUGCUCAAGGACACUUCAGCAUGAAUGUGCACUAGUGUGGCUUCUUGCACCAGGGUUAUCUUGCAGCCUGCAAAGCAUCGUGAUCAGACAGAGCGAAUCAAGUCACAGAAAUCAUUAACUGACACGAGGACUGUCGCUCCCGCAGUGACUGUAAAGAAUUAUUAUGAAAUGUAAGCUCAUCAAGCGUCUACGCUUGCAGUCUGUUGAAUCCCUGUGCUAUACCAAUAAAGCAGUCCUUCCCUAGAGAGUUGGCUUGCCAGAUUAUUGAUAUAAAUUAUUUAAACAUACCAACGAUCUCAUUUGUUGACAUUUUUGGCUUCAUCAGAAUGACAAAUCUUCAUUAUCUGACCUUGUUUCCACAGUAAAACAAAGGAAAACAAUCCCUCUGCCACAUUUACAUACACACGAGGGAAAGCUAAGAACAAAGUGAACAAAGCUGAUAUUUUUUGCAUUAUAUUUCACAUUUUUAAACGUGCUACGGAUCAUAACUGGCAGCAUAAUUAAAGAAACAAGUCUACAUUUUGGCAAAAUGUGCUAAAUGGCGUCAAGGAGUCAGAUGAAUUUGUGUAGAGGCUAAAACAACAAAAAAAACCCAACAAAAACACACAUUACUGAAACUAGCCUUGCUACCAGCCUUAGUGCUAAGCUAAUGAACUCUUCUGCUGACUUUAGCUUCUCUCAUCUAAUUCUUGGCUGAAAGAGGAAACAUGUAUAUCUCCAGUAAAUAUGAAACUGUUCCUUUCACCUAAUACUUAUGACAAAUGAUCCAUUCAUGUAUUUACUGAAACUUCAAAAUAAAAUGGUUAUUUCGCACUUUGCAAGCACUUUUGUCAAAUAAA